GAAGAGACGUUUCAAGAAAUGACCGUGUUUUCUACAUUUCUUUAUUUCAGUCGUAGGCGUCUGUUGUAUGAAUUAUUUUGUUGAAUCAACCAUUUUACAUCUGGGUAGUAUUUUGUGAAAAAGUCAGACCAACUGACUUUAGGAAAGACGAUACUAACAUAAUAAUGGAAACUAAUGACGAUAAAACAUUCCACCAGUGUGUUGUGUGUGACAAGAUUUUUCAACAAUAUGAUGAUUUAGAAAAUCACAAUAAAAUACAUGUUAAGGGUGAGAAAACUGAUGAUAUAGUUGGAUAUUGGGAUAUAAAAGAAGAGAAAACUGAUGGUGUAGAUGACUAUAGUCAUGUUAGACAGGAGAAGACUGAAGAUAUUGAAACAUGCUAUCGGUGUUAUUUAUGUGAUGAAGAAUUUAAAUCUGACACUGAUUUUGAAAAACAUUGUGAAAUACAUGUUAAAGAAGAGAAAACUGACGAUGUUGAUGAAUAUUGUCAUGUUAAAGAUGAGAAAACUGAUGAUGUAGAUGAAUAUUGUCAUGUUAAAGAAGAGAAAACUGAUGAUGUAGAUGGAUAUUGUCAUGUUAAAGAAGAGAAAACCAAUGAUGUGGAUCUGUAUUGCUAUGAAGAGAUGCCGGAUGAAGCUGAUGAUAUUGAAACAUUUCAUCAGUGUAAUUUGUGUGAUGAGAAAUGUAACUCUUACAUUGAUUUAGUAGAACAUUGUAAAAUACAUGUUCAGGAGGAGACGUUGGUUUCACAACGUGUUGAUACUUGUGGCCAGCAUAAUUUACCACAUCGACAAACUUAUACUCGAAAAAAACCUUUUAAAUGUGAUGUUUGUGGUAAAUCAUUUAGUGAAUCUCAGCCAUUAAAGAUACACAUGAGAAUUCAUACUGGAGUCAGACCUUAUAAAUGUGAUGUUUGUAGUAAAUCAUUUACUCACGAUGUUUGUUUAAAGAAUCACAGGAGAACUCAUUCAGGAGUGAAGCCUUAUCAGUGUGAAGUAUGUGGGAGUUCAUUUGCUAGAAAAUCUGAUCUGGAAAGGCAUGCUCGAACACAUACUGGCCAGAAACCUUAUAAAUGUGAUGUUUGUAAUAAAUCAUUUUCUCUUAAUUAUCAUUUAAAGGAACACCUGAGAAUCCAUACAGGUGAAAAAUCAUAUAAAUGUGAUGUUUGUAGUAAAUCAUUUAGUCAUAGAAGUAGUUUGCAAUCACACAUGAAAAAUCAUACAGGUGAAACACCUUAUAAAUGUGAUGUUUGUAGUAAAUCAUUUACUCAGAGAAGUAAUUUGCGAAGGCACAUUAAAUAUCAUACGGGAGAGACACCUUAUCAAUGUGAUGUUUGUAAUAAAUCAUUUAUUCAUAAUAGUAAUCUACAGCAACACAUGAGAAUUCAUACUAGAGUAGAAUGUAAAUGAAAAAUGAAAUGAAAUGGGGUUUAACGUCCUACUGUUCUGCUCCUAACCUGGGCUAAUGAAGACGGGCAUACGCCAUACAGUGUGCUAUGAGGGAAAUUUAGCCCGGACAGCGGCACUACGGCCUACUCUUAUAUCGAAUUCCAACUGCCAAGGGAUCUUUUACAUGCACGCCAAUGUGUACACGGGACCUCGGUUUUUCGUCCCAUCCGAACGACUAGACAGCUUUCCUUGUCAGCCCCUCCGUCCUGCAUCACUGACAAGGGAGAACCACGCCGGAAAAUCUGGAUGAACUUUCUCGGCCAAUGCAGGGAUCGAACACUCGACCUCCAGGCUAGCGAGCUAGCGUCUUACCCACUUAGCCACGUGAUCCCCUGGAGUAGAAUGUAAUGUUUGUAGUAAAUUGUUUCCACAAACUGCUAGCCUACAGAGACAUAUGAGGACUCUUACUGGAUAAAAAAUGAAAAAAACAAUUCGGAAGAACACCCCAGACUUAUAACAAAAAGAUCAGUGGUCCCCAGAUGGUAAAGGAGAGAGAGAGAGAGAAAUAGGGUUUAACAUCCACUCGACAUAAACUAGGUCAUUUCGGGAAUAACAUAUGGUUUUAAUUUUUUAUUUCAAUAACUCGCUUGUGCGUAGAGGUCUUUAGUUUAGCAGUGGGAGGAAACCGGAAGACCCGGAGAAAACCCACGAGGUAGAUGGUAAAGGCUCUAACAAGCAAAAUAUAAGACAUUUAACCAUGUAAACCAGUGCUCACUCUGGGUUUCAUUUUUUUUUCACGCCAAUUCUAUCAGACGUUUACGAAGGCUGUUCAAUUUUUCGCUUACGCCCCAUCGAAUAUGAUUUGAUAAUAACUGACUUUUGACAACCCAAAGGAUAUAUGCAUUUAUAAAAUGUAACAACAAACCUGCUGUAAUUUAUUAAGGAGUAAGAAAAAGAUCAAACAGGGGUCAUAAUCCAAUUAUCCAAAACAAAUUGAACGAGUAUUGUUCACGGUGUCCGCCAUUUUGAAUAUAUAGAAACCCUCAAGAAAGCCACCGAUUCGUAUUUGAAGACAAAUAAUUAAAUCUUUCAUCUCUUAAUUAGUUUAUUUCUCUUACUGUAAAUACUUAUCAACACUAUUUUGAGAUUGAUCAAAAGACAAAAGAUAUCUCUAUUAUUGAUACCUAAAGAUACAUUAUGUAAGAUUUAGAUAAAGAGCUGACCAUCCUUGCUAUAAUAGUUCGAAAAUAGAUAAUGUAAAACGAAUAAUUUGAAAAUUUCAUUCAAAUUACUCUAUUGCAAGCGAACAUAUUAGCCUUUGAAGGUUUGACAAGACAUGUGCAAUAAUUUCAACCACCGUACUGGUUGUUCUAAGCUAAGUCUCGCUCCUCAAUUUUUAGCUUAAAUCAAAAUAUGGCUGAACUGUUUUAAUCUAUUUAAUAUCGGAGAAAUCCCAUGCCAUCGAGAGUUGAUUAUGGCCAGGAUAAGUUAAUUAAUGUCUAAUUAAUAAUUUAGAAAACAUUUCAGGCCUAAAGAAAGACAUGCAAUAGACAGAUUUAGCUCUAGCAUAAUGUAUGUUUAAUUGAUUGAUACCUGGCUCAGCCAAGCGCAAUAGACGGUAACAUGUAUGGACGGCAUGGAAAUCAAAGCUUUGUGGCCAGAAUUUUUUAUCGCCACAGUUAAAAAAAGAAUUGCUACACAGGUACAGGAAAAAGUUGUCGCCCAAAAUUUCACCAGAUUAAAUAUUUUAUCGCCCAAAAUUUCACCAGAUUAAAUAUUUCACCAGAUUAAAUAUUUCACCAGAUUAAAUAUUUCACCACCAAAAUUAUAUUUUUGUCGCAAUUGGCGGAAAUGGCGAUCAACAGUGCGACCGUUGAUGUAAACCAUAAUUAAAAUAAACAAUAAUAUUUCUUUUAUUAUAGGAAAACAAAGGAGCGUUCAUUAUCAACAUGCAACUCGUAUUUCCACUAUUUUUUGUUAUCAGGGUGGCUAAGUGGGUAAGACACCGGCUCGCUAGCCCGGAGAUCGGGUGUUCGAUCCUUGCAUUGGCCGAGAAAGUUCAUCCAGAUUUUCCGGCGUGAUUCCCGCCUUUAUCAGUGAUGCAGGACGGAGGGCCUGACAAGGACAGCUGUCUAGUCGUUCGGAUGUGACGAAAAACCGAGGUCGUGUUUACACAUUGGUGUGCACGUAAAAGAUCUCUUGACAGUUGGAAUUUGAUAUAAGAGUAGGCUGUAGUGCCGCUGUCCGGGCAAAAUGUCCCUCAUAGCACACUGUAUGGCUUAUACCCAUCUUCAUUAGCCCAGUUUGGAGCAGAACAGUAAGAUCAAUUGUGUUGAGCCAAAUAAUGGGGUAUUAAUUAAAGGAGCUAAAUCUCUCUUUUUUGGCACAUUGAAAUGGACACAAAUGAGU